AUGGUGGGUGUGGAACAGCGGAUGUUGGGUGUGAAACAGCGAGAUGGUGGGUGUGGGACAGCGGUUGGUGGGUGUGGGACAGCAGAUGGUGGGUGUGGGACAGUGGAUGGUGGGUGUGGGACAGUGGUUGGUGGGUGUGGGACAGUGGAUGGUGGGUGUGGGACAGCGAGAUGGUGGGUGUGGGACAGCGAGAUGGUGGGUGUGGGACAGCGGAUGCGAGAUGGUGGGUGUGGGACAGCGGAUGGAAUGUGUGGGACAGCAGAUGGUGCGUGUGGGACAGUGGGUGGUGAAUGUGUGGGACAGCGGUUAGUGGGUGUGGGACAGCGGUUAGUGGGUGUGGGACAGCAGAUGGUGGGUGUGGGACAGCAGAUGGUGGGUGUGGGACAGCGGUUAGUGGGUGUGGGACAGCGGUUAGUGGGUGUGGGACAGCAGAUGGUGGGUGUGGGACAGCGGUUGGUGCAUGUGGGACAGCGGAUGGUGGGUGUGGGACAGCGGUUAGUGGGUGUGGGACAGCAGAUGGUGGGUGUGGGACAGUGGGUGGUGGGUGUGGGACAGCGGUUAGUGGGUGUGGGACAGCAGAUGGUGGGUGUGGAACAGCGGAUGGUGGGUGUGGGACAGCGGUUAGUGGGUGUGAGACAGCAGAUGGUGGGUGUGGGACAGCGGUUAGUGGGUGUGGGACAGCAGAUGGUGGGUGUGGAACAGCGGAUGGUGGGUGUGGGACAGCGGUUGGUGGGUGUGGGACAGCAGAUGGUGGGUGUGGGACAGCAGGAUGGUGGGUGUGGGACAGCGGGUGGUGAGACAGCAGAUGGUGUGGGACAGCAGGUUGGGUGGGUGUGGGACAGCAGAUGGUGGGUGUGGGACAGUGGGUGGUGGGUGUGGGACAGCGGUUAG